AUGAGGAAACUGCCAGAGGAGUUGGGUUCCCAUGCUCAAUAUAGUCAUGAAUUGAAAAGUGCCCUGCAACAAUGCGUUUAUGACUAUCAAACUUGUGAGGAUUUUGAGAAGUCUUGGGAUGUAUUACUUAGUACAUACAAUUUGCAUGAUCAUGCAUGGCUACAAAGUUUAUACAGUGAGAGAACAUAUUGGGCACCAGUAUAUUUAAAAGAUGUGUUUUGGGCUGGAAUGAGUAUAACACAACAAAGCGAGAGCAUGAAUGCAUUCUUGGAAAAUUUGGUGGAUUCAGGGUCUACGUUGAAAGAAUUUGCUGAUAAGUUUGAUAAUGCAUUGAGGAAGAAGGUUGAGAAUGAGAAUGUGGCGGACUUUAACUCGUUCAAGUACACAAUUCCAUGUAUAUCUCAUUUAUAUGUUGAGAAGAAAUUACAACAGUUGUACACUAAUUCCAAGUUCAAAGAAGUACAACAAGAGAUAAUGAGGAUGAUAUAUUGUAAUUCUCAUCUUUAUAAAACAGAGGGUGCAAUUUCAACGUAUCAAGUGUCCGAUCAAGUACAUGAUGACUUCAUCAAACCGGUUACAUUUUCAGUUUACUUUAACGAAGAUGAGUGCGAGGCAAAGUGUAUAUGUGGAUUGUUUGAAAUGAGAGGAAUUUUGUGUAGACAUAUUCUUACUGUUUUCUCUGCCAAGAAUGUGCAAUCGUAG